AUGCAGACGUCAGCGGACUGUAUCUCUAGACGGACGCUCCUGUCUCUAGCAGCUUAUGUGACCCUCCAACUGGUUUUAUCCGCAGCAGAUCAAAACUUGCGGCUUCACUUGCUUCGCUGUGCCGUCGCUGUUAGCACGAGACAUUUCCCUGCUGGUGGGACACUCGCGAUCUCCAUACCACGUAGCAACGCGUACACAACAGGACACGCGCGUCGCACCAUCAGCCAUAUACAGCAAGAACUAGAACUUCAUGACCAGGGAACAAGAAGGCUACAGCUUCAGACACAAUGGCCGAUCGUCAUCUCGACACCCGGACCCACAAAAGGCGAAGCGUCGAAGUAUAAAGAUCAGAGUUACGUCAUAUUCACAGGAUUUCGGGCGACAUCUGGCGACAUGAUUGAGGAACUAGAGCAGCAGCUUCGUGUGCUGAAGGGACGAACUGCAUGGAACCCCAGGGGUUUGUUCCUGAUCCUCAUCUCGGAGCAGGAAGGUAGGGACGCAGCGAUGGCGCGGCAGGUGUUGCAACUGCUCUCGACUUACAAGGCGCUGAACGCUCUGGUCGUGGUGCCAGCUCCCGUCCAUGCACUUGCUCUAUACACUUGGCGUCCGUACCAAUCACCUGACAUCUGCAUACAGGUGAAGGAAGUGCUGUUGGAUUCGUGGCUCUUUGAAAACGGUGGUCAUUUUGUAUCCAAUUCUCAUCUGUUCCCUCAAAAGGUUCCUUACAAUUUUAAGGGAUGCAAUAUUGCCGUGUCUACACUCGAAUUAAUGCCAUUCGUUCUCAUAUCAAAGGGAGCUGAUUCUGAGAAGAGGUGUAGUGAGGGCCUGGAGUGUCAAAUGUUCACGCUGAUAAUGAAGACAUUGAACGCGACAUUUCAGUUGAAGUUCCCCGGAGAAGAACGAUGGGGUAAGAAACUGGGAAACAGUUCGUGGUCAGGGAUGAAGGGUCACUUGUUUACGUACAAAUCCGAGAUGGCAUUUGGAGCUCUGUUGCUGGGCACAGAAGAGUGUGAUGCAUUCGAAUGCUCUGUCCCCUACUUUCAAAGUCAGUUAGUUUGGCAUGUGCCGCGUGCAAAACAGAUCGCAAAGUGGAGAAGUGUGUUCCUGGUGUUCAGACUGACCACGUGGUUAGCCUUGAUCGCAGUGUGCGUCGCGGUUAUUUUCCUGCUGUGGCGAAUGUCACACAGUUCCGAAACACCAUCGUACGCAAGCUUGAGCAAGUGUUUAUUGAGCGUGUGGGCAGUAGUGCUGGGAGUAUCAGUGCCACAAAUGCCUCGCACUCUCAAGGUGAGAGCACUGUUCCUCAUCUGCUUGUUUUACUGCCUUCAUAUCAACAUCGUCUACCUUUCGUUUAUGGCAACUUUCAUGAUAAAUCCAGGCUCUGAGCACCAAAUUCGGAAUGUGGAAGAGCUAGCCAACUCAGAUGUUGAGUACGGCUAUCAUGAGGGGUACGACAUACAUUUCAAUGAUACCACUGAUGCAACAUCGGAGAAUAUACUACGCCAUCGGACACAAUGUGGAGGUAGUGAAAAUAAAUGUUUAGAACGGCUGACCAAGAAGGGAGACUUUGCAAUGCUUGCUGCGACAGACAUCGUGGAAUACACUGCCGCUUGCGGGUACCUUCAGAACCCUUGGAAAUCUCUAUUUUACGCUUUCCAAACCGGUUUCGUUAGUUCCAAUUACGUAAUGUACCUGACUAAAGGAAGCCCCCUAUUGGACAGGAUCAAUAGCAUCACAAGGCACGCGACAGAAGCUGGACUAGUGAAUCACUGGUGGACAAAGAUCAUUAAUUCCUGCACACUAAAAAGUUACAUGGAGCUUCAAGAGGAACCCUCAACGCUCAGUGUGUCACACCUGCAGUCAGCUUACGUUAUCCUGUUUCUGGGACUCGGACUCUCCUUCUCGGCGUUUGUGGUUGAAUUAAUUUGUGCCUCUGGCCGAAAGAACUGCCUUAAGAAAGUUGUAUGA